UCUCAUUCAGUAAAUGACAGUUAGUGAGUGAGGACGUGCUCGAUCAUUUUUAGUGCUCGUUUACAUGUGCUACAACGUAAUAACGUUUACAUAACAGCCGAAACUAACAACGCGUCCACUAGAUUAUCGAAACUCGGCAGUAGAUGUGUCACUUUUGAGAGAUAUUCUUUACGUAACAUACUGUUUCGGUUCGUAAGUCAUUAUCAAAAAGUGAAUCUAAACGAAAUAAGUUCCAGAUUUGCGUUGCAUCACAGUGACAAAUUUUAUUGCGCAAGUGGUGGUUGAAAAUCGAUAAUCAGGGGCCCUAGCACCACAUGUGCUAUCCAAACAUGGACUAGUGUUACACAACAAUGCAGCGGUACGGCAUAAGUGACCCUGGACAACUGACGGAUAAGAACGUCAGCCACUUCUUGAGGAAGUAUCCCGAUUUGUUGACCUCCCUCGGUACUUACUCCAAGUCAAAACUGAAGUGCGAAGGCAGGGUCCUGCGUAGGGACACGGAGAGAAUCAAGAAGAUAAAGAGGUUCAGGAAACUACCCAAUUUCAGAUUGAGGCAAUUUGAAAGCGCUCUUUUUCAAGCCAUGGACCAAAAAACCCUGCUUUUCACUUGUCCGAUUUGUAGAAAUGUUUUGAACAGGCCUGUGACUGUUGAAUGUGGACAUACUUUCUGUAGUGAUUGCCUGAUUUCGGUACAGAACAGUAGUUUUUCGGUUCGGUGUACAGUUUGUGCCAUAGACUUGUUGACGCAAAAUAGACGCAUCAAUGUUUUGCUACAGGAAUUAGUGGAGAAAUGGAGAGAAAGAAACAGAGGCAACCCAGAGUCUGGUGUGCUAGUUCCAAAUGCGGUGGACAUUUUGGGAGUAGAACCGAGAUAUCAUCUAAGAUCAGGCUACGCUGGGUUACAAGUCAAUAGUGAUACCGAAGACAAGAUCUCCCACUUCCUACACGAAUCCACAGACAACAUAAUUAGGUACAACGAUAAACGCAUGCCAAACAAUAGUAAUAUUUGCAAUAAUUCCUUCAGAGAUAUAUGGUUGGACGGCAACGCUGACAGCUAUAAACAUUUUCAAGAGACAUUGGAGAACGUUUUCAGAGAAGUCAACGAUAUAAAAGAAGACGCCCUAAAAACGAAUUGGAACUGCAUAAUUCCUUCGGACCUGGAGUGCAUUCUCUGCAGCAGGUGUCUUCUGGAUCCUGUCACUACUGGAUGCGGACAUACCUUCUGUAGGGGUUGCCUGACUCGAGUUUUGGAUCACGGAUUGUCGUGCCCUCUAUGUAUGGCUCCGUUAAACAUUCUUGACUACUCCAGGGGCUCCACUGAGGUGCUGCAACAAGCAAUACAGUUUCUGAUUCCCGAAGAUUUCAACGAGAGGAUCUCGAUCAAUAUCAAGGAGAGUUUGAUUAUGGAAACCAGCUCUGAUAUUCCGGUUUUCAUAUGCACAAAUGCCUUCCCUGGAGUAGCCUGUCCUUUGUACGUCUACGAACCAAGGUAUCGUCUUUUGGCUAGAAGGAGUCUUCUGUCACCAACCAAAAGAUUCGCGAUGGCCGGUAAAGAUUCCAGCGGCGAGAAGUUCGUGCAAUAUGGUACUGUUUUAGAAGUUAAAGAUGCUGUGAAUUUGGAAGACGGCAGGUUCAUUCUUACAACUGUUGGAGUUCGCAGAUUCAAAGUGAUCAGCAGAGGGGAACAAGAUGGUUAUGACACAGCCAAAAUCAAUUUUAUCAAAGACAAUGACGUCCCCCCAGAGAAACUGCAAGAGUUGGUAUCACUUCAUGAAAAAGUGUACAAUAAAGCCUCGAAGUGGAUACGGUCACUGAAAACCAAAGUGUUGGCCGAAGUGGAGAGACUUAUUGGAAGGAUGCCCAGAGUUGAGAAGAACUGGCUUGAUUUGCCUGAUGGGCCUUCGUGGGCAUGGUGGUUGAUGCCCAUUUUACCUCUCAGUUCGCAAUUACAAGUGGGAUUUCUGAGUACUACCAGUUUGGAGAAGAGGCUAAGAGCAAUAGAUAAGAUGUUGGAACACAUGAAGAUUCGAAUGAAAGCACUAGAAAGGAACACUGUUUCGUGUUCUCACCAAGUUGAUCCACUUGAUUCCUGUCAGGAAACUGAGCGAUCUUUCGAGAUGCCAUAUAAUAACAGAUAAAUUAUUUUUUAUUUAUUAAGACCAAUAUUUAUAUCCUUUAUUUAUUACUUGACACAUUUUCUUGACAUUUGCAAAAUUUUAGAAGCCUGACUGCAAGAUGUUGAGAUGUAACGACCUCAACCGAUUCAUUUGGGGGAGGUUGAAUAUUCACUAAUAGGUACUUUCAGUAUGUUCUAUUUUGAUGUAGCGAACGUUUUUAUUGAAACUCCCUCAAGUGUUACUUUGAUGUGUACCCAUGUAAUUCGUUCAGUGGUUCAUAGGUUGCUCGCCAUUUUCCAUAAAUAGUUUUGUGAUCAUCCCGGGAAAACUAUAUUCAAAUCUUAGAGAAGUGAUUUGUAUAAAAAUUCUCCUUUUCUAAUAUAUCUCGUACAAUCAUUUUAUCUAGAAUAUUUUUGUGUGAAUAUACUGUAGUUUGAUAGUAUUCAAAUUUUAUUGAGGAAUAUAAUUCAAAUUUUAAAUUAUUUGUAAAUGUGAUUUCCUUAGAUGAAAGUAUAUGUGACCAAAUAUUAAUUUAUUUUUCUAAGAGCUCUUACUUUAUUUCUCUCUUAGGCUAGGUUACAUUGAUAGAUAUAUUUUUUUAUUUUGAUAACUGUGGAAGGUUGAAGAGAAUUUCAAGAAGUUGGGAAUCUCAGAAUAAAUUAUCUCCUCGUUCAUUGUGAAAAGAAGAUUUUCCCUGUUACAGAGAAUCAAAUUAGGUAGAAUACAUACAGUUAUCUACAUCACAAAGUAUUAAACUGCAUAUAUUUCGGGGAAACUCUUCUGCGUUUUCUAGAUGUUGAUUUCUAAAUCCAGAUUGAUUUUCAUCAUGUGAUAUUAAGUUAUUAAUUUAUUAUCUUUUGGCUAUGAGUUACGUCCCAAAAAUUAUGAAUAAACUUCAUCAAUUUGUA